AUUUCGCCAAAUAAAAGUCUUCCAUACAAGGACUUGAUUUUGAUCGAUAAGUUUGUAUGGCAGCUAAAUGUUACAAUGGUAUGAUAUCAGCGAUUCUGAUAAAUGAGCAGUUUCUUGGGGAGAAAAGAAUCAGUGCUAAAUUUCAGAUCGAAAUCUCAGAAAAUGGGGGACAAGUUUCCAUAAUAUAUGAAGAGACGGACAGGCUAAAUCGACUCAGCUCAUCACUUUAUAGAGUCUCCGACGUUUCCUUCUGGUUGUUACAAACUUCGUGUUCAGGGUAUACAAGUUUAAUAUACUCGAUUACAAUUAUCGCUGAAAAUGGUAUUACAACUAGAGAAAUAAAAUAGCAAUUAACUUUUUAACGCACUUAAAAGUCCGCAGUUGCUGUCGCUGCUUUCAUCAAAAGAAAUUUCCAACUAUUCACAUGUGAAUGUUUGUAUGUAUGCGAUUAAGCGACACAAAUGCAAUGAAAAGAAAGAAUCACGCAUGCGCAACUAAACAACUAAGCGGUAAAUGCAGUUAAAAACGGAGCGAAAAUGACAGCGACAGGCGACAAAAGCGUCCAAGCAAUAUCACGUUGUCGUUGAGAGAUUUUGUUUUUCGAAAAAAUUUGCUGUAAAGCGGAGCAACAAUAUUGAUAUUCAAAAAUCAAAAACCACAAAUCCAGCACAAAAUGAAACACACGCAUGGAUACACACACACAUAAAAUCCAAAAGCAAAAAAAAAGGAAAUGCAAAAAAGCCAAAAUGCUGAACACAUAAAUUCUGCUGAUCACGUUGCAAUGCGUGACGAUCACGCCGCGAUCGGCUGACAGAAGCACAACAAACUCAGCUAUUUGUUUUUCGUUUAAUUUUCUUUUGUUUAUACAUGUAUAUCAGCUGUGUUCCAUCUGGCGUACGGCAGGCCAACUGCGUGGCUCUCUCGCCGGUUUCCCUUUGCUGUUCAGCACGCAACUUAAACUUAUGUAGAUACUACAUGCAUAUGUACAUACGUAUGCGAAUGCAUGUGUGUGUAUAUAUUCGUUAUGUAAAUAUGUGUGUAUUAUUCACUUCUGUACAUACAUAAAUACAAUGUAAUUGUUUAUGACGAUCGUUUCGUAAAAUUAUUGUUUUUUUUGUUUUUUCGUUUUCUCAUUUUCUCAAUUUACCUAUGAGCGCUAAAUUCUAUUUUGUUUAUGUUUUGCCGCUACUAAUAGUGUAGCCAUUCCGGCUGCCGCUCCAAUAUUUGUACUUUGCCGCACAAUGAGUCAAUUGUGCUAAUUAUUUCAACCACAUACACAUACAAUAUACAUACAAACACAUACGUACGUAUCCGCAUAUCAACAUAUGUAUAUGUGCGAAUAUACAUAAUUAACAUUCUGGUUGCUAAUCGCGGCCUUUGCGUAUACUAUGCAAUCGCUAACCCUGACAAGCAGCAUCACCCACAACAAACCUACAUGUACAUACAUAUGUAUAUAUGUAUGCAUGUAUAAGCUUAGAAUUUGCAAUUCUAUAUUUAUAAAAAGUGCAACGCGUUCCAAAGUACACCAGUUUGCGUAUAAAAAAUACAAAUCUACAUAUAAAUACAAAGAUAUAAACAUCCAUACAUACAUACUACAAUAUAUGUAAAAUCUAUGUAUGUAAAUAAGUUUGUUGCCUUUGGCUGGCAUGCGCUAGCGGUGUGCUUCAGCCGGCUGAGAAAUGUAUUGUUCAGGCGAUCAGCAGGCCUCAACGUCGUCAGAAUAAUAACAGCAACGUCAAACGGUCUAAUAGUAGGCAUUGAACCAAAAAAAGUUUAAAAAUAUCACGAAUUUGUUUGGAUAGUCAGCAAUGCUUUGUGCGUGUGAGUCCAGCUCUGUAGAAGCAUCGACCUCAGAUACCUCGUCGCUACCACCCAGAGAGAAGCCACGCAAUAUGAACAAACUCUGCCGUCAAGUGUCAAUUGAGUCGCCGGGACCGGUGGUGAAGAAUUGUGUCUUCAACUUUUUUGUACCCAUCGAAGACACACCGCCACAGGGUGCACGCAUCAAGAUUGUUUAUGCCGGUGCGUGUUUCCGUCGUCGCGAUCGUUCCGCUUCAAUUACCAGCAUGUCGUCCGUAUCGUCAGAUUUGAGCGAUUAUUGUCCGACUUUGCCCGCCCAGGCGUCACCUGCACAUCAGAUGCGUGAAAAUCCCGCACAUCAAGGCUUACGUGAGGGUACCAUUUAUGCCGGUUACGAAGUAGCCGGUGUCAUCGAGUCGCUCGGCUCCGAAAUCACAGAUGCCAACAACUAUGGCCUACGUAUUGGUCAACGUGUAGUCGUUUAUCCAUUCGAUGAGGCACCAGCCGGUUAUGCUGAACUAAUGGUUGUACCCGAUCUCAAAUAUAUAGUACCGAUUCCAGAUAAUUUACCACUAAGCAUUGCUGCUCUAUUGCCAACUGGUGCUUUGUUGGCCAUGAAUGCCGUCUUCAAGGCAUACGAAGUGGUCACAGAAUUGUCGAAGAAGCGUCCAGCUGAGGAGGCGAAUAAGAAAUUUAAGAUACUUAUCGUCGGCACUGGCGGUUUGGCGUUGUGGGCUGUACGCAUCGCAACACACCACUUUGCCUCGACUGGCGCCAACAAUUAUGUGAACGUGACUGUCGCCAGUCUGCGGGAUGAGGGCUUCCGCUUGGCCACAGAGAUUGAAAAUGUCAGCGUUGUGCAGUGGAAUGAGUGCCUCUAUGAGCCACAACUGAUUGAGCGCACCAAAGAUGUGUGCGGCGGGCCGGUGGAUGUUGUCAUCGAUUUCGGUACAACCUCUCGCAGUCUGCAUCGUUCAAUGCACUGCCUGUCUAAGGGCGGUGUCGUGCUUAUGAGUGAGGAUGUGGCUGAGAAAUUGAUGCCCAAAUUUUCACGUUUGUCAAUCGAAUAUCAGCAGGAGAUUAUUCCUAUAUCAAACGGUACCGUGGAACAGUUGCACGAACUAGUACAGUUAGUUGCUAGCAAAACGAUCGAACCCAUACCACAUUCGGUGUUUCCCUGCGAACAAGCAACAGAGGUCGUGCAGAAAUUAUGCACCUCCGAGAUACCCGGUCGUGCCAUACUGAAAUUUCACGAUAUCGAAUAGAUCGCAACUAACCAAAUGUCACGGCUGUAGCGGCGACAUUACAAGUAUUUCUUUCACAACUCUACCCCAACCGCUAGGAAUGGUGAAUUGACGCGCGAUUAUGAUGGCAUAUAAUAAUUGUUUAACACGUAACCAAGAGAAAUUAUUUGUAUAAUUAUUCUAGCAGAGGAAAAUAUUUUAAAUUUAAACAAGAAAGAAAUGCAGCAACAACAAAUUUAUAACCUUCAUAAAGAGGUAAAUACAUAUGUAGCAUUGGUCGUUAGCACAAAAGCCAAUAAGUGCGAGUAACGUGUGUAACUUUAUGAAAAAAAAAAACUGGUAUAGAAAAAUUGUUGAGUAGUUUUUGUUAAAGCCAGAUAUUUUCGUUUAUAAUGCAAACAAAUUUUUAAACAACGCUUUCGACGAACAAUGCGACAUACAUAUACCCUCAACGUACUAAUACAAAUCACACACACACAUUCAAUUAAGCACCACAUAUAGAGUACAUACAUACCUAAAAACAUGGUAUUAUCUAAAAAAAUUUGCAUUCAUGCCAAUAUUGAAAACACUCAUCCGAAAAAACUAUGAAACAAAUAUAAAUAGAUAGCAGCUUCAUAUACACACACCUACACUAGUACUUGCAAAUAUGUUUGCUGAAGUCGUAAAAAUAUAAAUUCUAAUAAAAGUGACUGAACUCGUAGAUUGCUCAGGGGCCAGCGGCAUGAAUGCAACACCUACAUAUGCAUACAUACAUCUAUUUACAUAUAAGUUAUAUAUGUAAACACAUGGUCACACAUUCUUAGAAAUGUACACAAAAUUAUGAAUAUUUGUUAGCUUGUUGUCGCGUUUAUCGCAAUGUGUAAUUUCUACUUUUUAAUCCACCAACUUUGACGGUCCAUUAUAAGACCCAAAACAUACACAUACACAUACAUAUAAACGUAAACGCGCAGUGUAAGAGCUUUUAGUUUUUAAGUUAGUUGCAAUAAAACGCUUUCAUUAGUGUUGAUUUCCUUAUUGCUUUAAGCGCAACAAAUAUUAUUACAUACAUACAUAUAUAUUUGUCAAUAUUAUGUAUUUGACUUCAUUUAUUGUGAUUAUAAAAUUAAUGCUUUAUUAUUUGGGUUUUUAUAAUAUUUUUUUUUUUGUAUUUAUUUCAUUCAUAUAUGUAAAAAUAUUAUCACUUCUCCCCACCCCGUCAACCAUAAUGUAUUAGUAUUUGAAUUGGUAAUUAAAUUUUAGUUGUAAUUUCAAUAUUUAAUUAUAAUUACUUGCUUGUGAUUAUUUUAUAAACAUUAUAUUUUUGUAAAUAAUUAAUUAUAUAUACUUAUAUAUUUAUAUAUACAUACACAUAUAUUUAUACAUACAUACGUAUGUAUGUUAACGGAUUUAUAAUUUUAGUUUGUAAUUAUUAAAAAAAAUUAUUCUCAGUGCAUCAUACUACACAAUGAACAAAUACAUAUUAAAUAAUAAAAUAAUAAUAAAGAAUAAAAAAUUUAAUAAAAAAUUCAAAUCCUUGUAGCUGUUUCAUAUUAAUUUAUUAUAAACUGUUAAUUCUUUUAUUAAAACACUAUCUGUGCUGGUACAAAACUAUAAUUUGUACUAUUUCAAAUUAAAUAUUAUUCAAAGUUAAUGAUCAGCUCGCAUAAUUUGUUGUCAUAAGCGGCGGAAAAUCUUUUGCAGUGUUGUACAAGAAUUUAAGGUAAAAUUUAUUAAAUAAAAACAAUGAAAAUCAAA